GUUCAGGGGACGACAUCUCUGAUCACAUGGGCAAACCCAAGGGCCCAUCGGGGAAGGUUAUGCCACCUGUAAAGCUUGAGCCAGGGCCCCCGGGAAAACCUGGACCUGAUGGCGUUUCAGGGCCUGCAGGACCACCUGGUACUCCAGGACCUAUGGGACCUCGAGGAAUGCAGGGUCCUAUGGGCCCUCCAGGGGCUCCAGCACCAGUGCGUUUCCACUACCUCUGCCACCCCCCCUACAAUAAACUGGGGCGUCAGGGUGGCAGUCUGGGACCACCCGCUCCCUACAAUUAUCCUCCUAAAGAUGCUCACUUUGCUGGUCACCAGGCAAGAUCUACUGACCAUCACAAAUCUCAUAAUCUGAGAGAUGAAAUGCGAGGGCGGGAGAAAGAGAGAGUCAAACACAGCUGAACACAUCUUCCCAAACAAGACGCUGUGGGCUACAGCUGAGAAGUUAUGGAAGUUGGGAAAACUCACGUCAUCAUAUGCUCUAUGUGACUAUUUAACACACAUAUUAAAGGCACUCUUUUCUGAC